CAUUCAUCUUCUUCGGCUCUUCAGGCCGGAGCUAGUAUCUGCAAUUUACUUUGGAAAUAUAAGAUGAAGCAGGCCACUUUCCAAGUGGUUCUUGUUGGAGUUUUGGCUUGCUUGAGUGCUCUUCGUGUUGGAGCUGAAGAUCCGUAUUUGUUUUUCACAUGGGAAGUGACUUACGGAACAAUUUAUCCUCUGGGUUUUCCUCAACAGGGCAUUCUCAUCAAUGGCCAAUUUCCAGGCCCUACCAUUGAAGCCGUCACCAAUAACAACAUCAUCGUGAAUGUCAUCAAUAAGCUGGACGAGCCUUUCCUCAUCACAUGGAAUGGAAUACAACAGAGAAGGACAUCAUGGCAAGAUGGAGUGCUUGGGACAAACUGCCCAAUUCCUCCAAACAGCAAUUGGACUUACAAGUUCCAAGUUAAAGAUCAAAUUGGUACAUAUAAUUAUUUCCCAUCCACUAAACUCCACAGGGUGGCUGGGGGUUUUGGUGGCUUCAACAUUAACCAAAGGUCUGUGAUUUCCAUCCCCUACGACAAACCUGCCGGUGACUUUACCCUCCUCGUUUCCGAUUGGUUCAAGACCAGCCAUAAGCUCCUCGCCGAACGAUUGGAUGCCGGUUUCAUUCUUCCUUUUCCCGAUGCUCUUCUCAUCAACGGCCUACAAUCCACUGCCGUAUUCACCGGUCAACCAGGGAAGACAUACAAGUUGAGGAUUUCGAAUGUGGGGAUAGCAACGUCAAUAAACUUCAGGAUUGAAGGGCAUUCCAUGAAGCUGAUUGAAGUUGAAGGGUCACACACGAUGCAGGAAAUGUACGAGUCACUGGAUGUUCAUGUGGGCCAAUCCAUGACAGUUUUGGUGACUCUUGAUGGGCCACCAAAAGACUACUACAUUGUGGCUUCAAGCCGCUUCAUUAGGAAAAACCUCACUGCUAUAGCAACUCUUCGUUAUGAUGGGUCCAAUACCAAGCUCUCCGGCCCAUUACCCCGCGCCCCAUCUUUCUAUUUCCAUGGCUCCAUGAAGCAAGCCAGAACCAUCAGAUGGAAUCUGACAGCAAAUGCAGCCCGGCCUAACCCACAAGGUUCAUACCACUAUGGAACCAUUCCAAUUGCGAGGACAGUCGUAUUGGCAAAUUCCAAAGUCAUUAUUGAUGGAAAGCAGCGAUUUGCUGUGAAUGGAAUUUCCUACGUAAAUCCAGACACCCCAUUGAAGCUUGCUGAUUGGUUCAACAUAUCCGGUGUCUUUAACUUGAACACCAUCAGAGACUUCCCUCCUUCUCCUAAUACUCCUGCUGUUCUCGGCACCUCGGUCCUAGGAUUCACCCUUCAUGACUUUGUCGAAAUUAUCUUCCAGAACACCGACUAUGCUCUCCAGUCUUGGCAUAUGGAUGGAGCAAGCUUCUUUGUUGCCGGGUACGGUUCUGGCCUGUGGAAACCUGAUUUGAGGAGACGCUACAACUUGGUUGAUGGUAUUUUCAGACACACUGUUCAGGUGUAUCCGAAGGGUUGGACGGCCAUUCUGGUACCUUUGGACAACAAGGGAAUGUGGAAUCUGAGGUCUACUGUAUGGCCAAACCGAUACUUAGGACAGGAAUUGUAUCUAAAAGUGUACAACGAUGAGAAUAGCAUUUACACUGAGGCUGAUAUUCCUCCUAAUGCACUGUUUUGUGGCAAAGCGAAGCCCCAAUAGUUAAUUCGAUAGUUAUUAAUUAUUAGUUACAUAAGGAUUUAUUAGUUACUUCUUCUUGAUUAGCUUGUGUGUGACUUUGAAUUCAUUCUGAUUAUUUUCUUUUAGAGAUUCCAGUUACUAGAGGGUAACUGUCUACAAAUUUACCGAGAAAGAGAUAUUGGGUUUCCGAUCGAUGUUGCAGCUUAUUAUGCUUCCUUCUUGUUGUAUUCAAUUUGAUUAUUUCUUGUAAUCAUAAUAAAUUAAUGAAGUUUUCAUUUCACUUUUAUAA